CUCAGCGUGUCGUGGCGAAGCGCGGGCCAGGAUUCUCAGCGGAACGGCACGCUGCAGCAAAGCUCCCGACAGUAUGCACCGUUCAGAGAGCCAGGAUGACCAUGGCUGGGCUUCGUACUGUGGAGGUGCCUCCUAUAAACGUCGAACCUGUAGGCCCGAUGCGGGGCCCUUCCUCGCGAGACUACGCGGACAACUCGGGCACUCACAUCGGCGCGGUAGAUCCACCAUGUCCAACGCACCCGCGUGGCAGGAGGCGCGUCUGGAACGUGAUCAGAAGUGCUCGGUCGGCACAAUGGGGGGUUAAACUUCGAUUAUCCAUCGAACACCUUGGGAAAACCUCAGGCAAGCUGUGAAACAAUCAAGGAAGGCGGAGCCCCUCCCCAACGAAAAGGGUUCCUUCUUCAGGACCCCUACUGUACAUUCCCUCCCUCCCCUCCGGCCUCGACCCCAGGAGGGCGGAGCUGAGGUGACGGAGCACGGGGAACGAGGAGAGCGUGCAGCAGCCGCCACCAGUGGCAGCAGGGACGAGAUAGCAGCGGGGGGAAUCGUGGGCAGAAAGCCUGGACACGCGACCGAAGGCCGGCGGCGCGACGGCAUGCCGGCACGGGUGCCGAGAACGGCAAGAGCUGCACAACCACAUCUCGCCGCCCAAUUCUGUCUGGAAUGCAGGCAGUCUCUGCGCUAUCGCAUGGGUUGAAAUGAAAUCCCCGUGCUCUCGCACAGGUUGAAAUGGCACGCCGGCCCCUUUCGGGCGGCCGUCCCGCUCCCCCCCCGCCCCAGGCCCCUCCCCCGCGUGGGCCGCCCGACCGCUGCCGCGCCUCCUGGGCGGAGGCAGGCGCAGCUGCCGAAGCGUUGCCCCCGAUCCUCCUCGACCCCUCGAGGGUCGAGGCGGGAUCUGUCGGACGCCGCUCGAACGAAUACAACAUCGAUCCAGAGCGAUGGUGAGGGCCCCGCGGGCCCGAGACUGGGCGAAGGCUCCCCUUGCGCAGAACAAAAAACGCUGCGCCGGGACCUCAGGGGCCCUCACGGCCCGCCCUCCCCCGAAGCCCGCUGCGAAGGACCGGCCCCUGGCCAGCGAGCGCAGCGCAGCCCGCGGGCACGGCCGCCUGUCGGCGGCGGAGGAGGAGGAGGAGGAGGAGGAGGAGGAGGAGGAGGAGCCGGUGGUAGCGAGAGGCGCCGCGCGCAGGUGGCCGUCCCGGCCCGCGCGGAGAGCGCACGCUGCGACUGCCCCCGAGGGGGGCGGGCAAAAAAACGCAGAUCUUGCAUCUCUAAACUGUCUGUGUGUGUGCUCUGGUGAAAGAAUAUGCCUAUACGACCUAAUCGAGCAGAAAACCUGCCGACCGGCCAGACUGGCGCGGCGGCGAUAAAACUUCGGGCCAGAGGCCAGUCGAAGGCCAACCAGACCGAGACCUCCGACGUCGAUCACGGAUCGUCUCUCCAGCACCGCAACUUUAGAAAGGAAAGGGAUGACGGAUAUGAUCAUUCCAGACCUCCACGGCUUCAACUCGCGUCACUCGAGGGAUAA